AUCGACAGAUCCACGUCAUUCAUGAUCACACAGUCAUUACACACCAGUAAGACAGACUGGACUAAUGCUGCCUGCACGAGACGAAAUUCCUCGGGCCUCAAUUAAUUUCUGAAGUUCAUAAACUGCACGCAAACAGUCUCAGAUCAUCUCUACCAACAUAUAGUUGUGACUCGCAGCUGCAUUAGAAUUCCGUGAUUGUUCUGCCCUCGAUCUUGUAACGGAGCAGGUUGGGAGGUACCGCGGGUGGUGCUCGACGCACAAGGAGAAGAAAGGGCGAGGAAGAAGGCGGACGGAAUGGUGGACGAAUGAAUGAAGGUGCAUGGAAAUGAUCUGCAUGGAGCCUUUCGAGGGCGGUCAGUGAAGAGGUGUGGCAACGUGCACCAUCAUCUCCUCCUCGGAAUGGAUAGGUGUGCACACGGAAUUGUGAUCGGGUUCACGAACGACCCAAAGCUUGUGGACUUGAAUCGACUUCGGACGCUUUUCCUACAAGUUAAGGUCGCAAGUCCUGCCUCAUUGACAUUCAAAAGAUGCAUUGUACGGUCUAAAUGCACAUCCGAAGGUUCAGAAGUACAUCGCACCUUUGGAGUUUCUGGUACUUGAACCUGAUUUCAGUAGGUGUCGCUAUGCGGGUUGAGAUUCUUGUGAGCAAGGAGGAUGGAAACCACGAGAAUGCGGGAUAUAAUCCUUGAUUCGCCCGUCACAUGUUUUUAUUGGUGGGAGUACAAAAGUUCCCGUCAAUGCUUCGAAUUAUUUGAGGAUGCAAGAACUUCUUAGAACUUCAAAAGUUCCCUAACAACCUGACAUGGGCACACAAGAAUAAUUUUUUCAUCGUCCAUAUUCAUUGAUUUCUUACAUUUCUCCAUGUUUUACUUUGGAAGAGUUUGUGUCUACCAUCGCACCAGUGACACGGCAUGCCUUCUACGUUCCUUAUCCUUUCUAACAUAUGGGGUCCCAUGUAAAACUCCGAAGAACCUGCCAAUGAUUAUUGAAAAGGCAAAGAAUCAUCUAGAAAAAAGAAAAUCACGAUUAGAUAAGUGAUGCAUGAGAAUCAGGAAUGUCACGGAGUUCGAC